AUGUCUGCUGCACUUCAGCGUGAAAUUCAAGAUUUCUCAACAGUCUUCAAUAUUGAAUGGAAAUUCAUCCCACCGCGCGCUCCGCACUUUGGCGGUAUCUGGGAGAACGCCGUAAAGAAUUUCAAACGCAUUCUACGUGUCAAUACAUUCAAUGUCAUCAUGAAUUAUAAAGAGCUCAACACCUUCGCAACUCAAAUUGAGGCCAUCCUUAAUUCGAGACCCUUGAUUCCGCUCACGGAAGAUCCAGAUGAUUUGAGUUAUCUCUCGCCAGCUCACUUUCUUAUUGGUAGGCCCCUCAUGGCUCUUCCUUUUCACGCACCUGCGACCACCCACGUCGAUAAUCGUUCACAUUGGCGUCAACUACAGGAAGCAGUGAAAGAACUGUGGAAACGAUGGUCACAAGAGUAUCUGGUAACGCUCCAGAAAAAGAGUAAGUGGAUUUCUAAUUGUGAAAAUCUCAAAGUUGGUGCUAUUGUCAUCUUAAAGGAUCCUGGUGCGCCCCAAUCCACCUGGAAACUGGCUAGGAUUAUCGAGACCUUUCCCGGACAAGACAACAAAGUUAGAGUAGUCAAGGUGAAAACCCUCAACUGGCGAAUUCACUCGCUCUAUUGCAAGCCUAGCACCUCUCCCUAUGGACGAGGAUGUUUCUGA